GUUACGGGAGCUCUAUGGUCGGGGAGAGCUAGCCGACUAGCAGCUACUCUCAACCCUUUCUCUCUUUGUCACGGUAUUCAUAUCUACCGUCAGCUCUUUCAGAAGUACAUUUACCUGGAUUUGGAGGAACAUGAAGGUGCAAAGAAGAGACAGUCACGAAUGGUGAAGAUAGAAUGCAGAGUUCUCAACUUGUUUUCUGUUCACUUAUUGAAAGCUGCACAUUUAUGGCGUUUGUCAGUGUGAGUGGAGACUUCUGCCAGGCACAGCACCUGGUCAUUGUAGACAAGUGAACAGAGGGCCUGCCAUAUGAAGAUUACACUACCUGACUGCCCGUCUUAAAUUCUGCACUAUCGGGGAGCAUCUUUUUUUUCUUGUCCAGAGUUAAAGUUUAUGAAUCGGUUUGAGCCAAUCCAGGUACUAGAGAGCGAAGCGUUUUUUCUCUUUAGUGCCAACUGAUCAUCUCUCCUCUCCUGAAUGGGGUAAUUAUAAAUUGCGAAUCAGAAGGAUAGUCCCCUUCUUUUAGUUUUUAUUUUAAAGCUGUUGGAGCGUGAAAGUGGUCUCCUUCUCCUGUAUCCCCUUUUUUUUUUUUUAGAACAAUUAGAGAUUUGCCUCAAAGUUAAAUUGCUUUGAUAUUUUAAAUUAUUAUUUCUAUAGCCCUGUAGACCAUUCAGAAGUUUUCUUAUCAUCAAGUCCAAUUAAAACUUCAUUUGAGUGUCAAAAUGAAUCGCCCAGCCCCUGUUGAGAUCACCUACGAAUGCAUGAGGUUUCUCAUCACCCACAAUCCCACCAAUUCACAGCUGGCCAAGUUUACAGAGGAACUGAAGAGUUUUGGAGUGCAGACGCUUGUCCGGGUUUGUGAUGCAACUUAUGAAAAAACACCAGUGGAAAAAGAAGGCAUUGAAGUUUUGGAUUGGCCUUUUGAUGAUGGUUGUUCGCCCCCUGAUCAAAUUGUUGAUGACUGGUUGAACCUUCUCAAAUGUAAAUUUAAAGAUGAACCAGGCUGUUGCAUUGCAGUACAUUGCGUUGCUGGAUUGGGACGAGCUCCUGUCUUGGUGGCCAUAGCCUUAAUUGAAUGCGGGAUGAUGUACGAAGAUGCUGUCGAGUAUAUUCGUGAGAAAAGGCGUGGGGCAUUUAACGCCAAACAGCUUAUGUACCUUGAAAAAUACAAACCCAAGAUGCGCCUGCGCUUCAAGGAUGCCAACGGUCAAAACUGCUGCAUUCAGUAAAUAAACAUUCAUCCAAAGGAUCUUUAGAAACGAUUGACAUUAAUUAUUAUUGUUAGUGUUAUGAUCCAUUUUUGUUUGAUUACUAUAUUGGACCAGGAUUUUGCUGUACUACGGUGCCAAGCACACAAACAGGUUACGCAGUAGUGUUUUUUUUGACCAAACAGUCUAGCCAAUCUUGUAAACUCACAAGCAGGUCUCGCUAGCGAUGUUUUUCAUUGUGAUAAACACACUGAUAUAAUGAUUGACAGCAGUUGUUAGUGUUUUAUGCCCUAUCUAAAACUUGGUGUCCCCAGUUUUCUGGAUUGUGUAACAACCUGUGAUCAUCUGCAUCCUGCAGGAAGUGAACUCAUUUUGUUGGUGCUUCUCUUGAAGUCUGUCAGCUUCUCCAAAGUUACAUGGGCACCACUCCAGUAUCUAAUGUUAUAGAUAUCAAACAUUCCAAGAGAUUCAUAGCACUGAUGGAUACUAGAUUAUUGUUGUCAGUAAAAUGGACAGAUGAAUGAAAUCCUAGAUAACUCAAUCAACAAAACUUCCUCUCCAAACUGAUUGUGAAAUGAGUCAAAUUCAAAGAAUAAUAAUAAAAAAGAAGAAAAAAAAAA